GGCACAGGGUCAGAGUAUAGCCGAGUAUAAAUUGAAGUGCGCCCGGCGCUAGCUCGAUUCAAACAUUGCAUUGUAUUGGGCGAGAGUCCGGCGUAAACAAUGUCUGUGAAGGAUAUGCCAAAAUGUUCAGCUUUUACAAUCCCAACGACGACUAUUUGCUAUCCGCAUCAAAGGACCGAGGAAGGAGGCUCGGAUGUUUUGAGGCCCCCAGCUAAAAUAUCGCUGUUAUCACCUGUAUUGGGCCAAACCCGUCGACGAAGGGCAGCUACUAGCGCCAAGCAAAAAGAACCGGCCGUGGUAGCGCGACGGAACGCAAGGGAACGAAAGCGUGUUAAACUGGUCAACGACGGCUUUAUGCGACUGCGAAAACACGUGCCUACGGACCCUAAAAACAAGAAACUGUCCAAAGUUAAAACGCUGCGUAGCGCAAUCGACUACAUACGGCACCUGCAACACGUUCUGGCGAUGGCCAAUAAACAUCAAAUGGAAACUGAACAUGAAGCAGCUGGUACACAAACCCAGAGUUGGAUAACCGCGUCUGACUUUAAAACUGAAGAGGAGUACAAAAACGAAUUUGGCAAGACGGUUUUCGCCUGUGGUCAGCCAAGAGUGCGGCAGACAUCCAAUGUUUCCACAUCAUUCUGACGGAGAAGCGCUCAAACUAUGAUGGAAAUUUUUUCGAGGAAAGACGCUUCAUUCGUUGAGGAUAAACAACUUACUGAAUGUACCACAAGCUAUUGGGAACAAGUGAGAUAAAACCAGAUUGCACGAAAACAAAGACUGGGAAAAGAUAUUUACUUCUACUGAAUCAGGAAAAAAAUCAUAUUUUCAGCGCGGAUUUGUGAAACAACCGCCGAAGAGAAAUUUGGUUGCUCGAUAAACAGAACAUACAGCCCGAAAAUGGCCGAAAACAAAUUUCAAAAUACAAUUAUUUAUACGCGGCCUUCGAGCGCAAUUUAACAUUAACCGUCGAGAUAAGCUGUCAAAAACUCUCCGCUUAUCUUGCUUUCUUGUUGGAUCGCCGAAUAAAUUAUUCCCUUUUGAAAAGACAUUGAAUUUUGUAGAAAAAAGAGAGUCAUAUAUAUGUAAAAUAAAUCAAAUUGAUCGUAUUCUCUUACAUUCUGCUUGUAAAUUAUUUUUCUUUUCAGAAAAAUUCUCUUUCGACGAGAAAAAGAAGAGACUGUCACAAAUUUAGAAAAUCGAUGAUGGAUAAGAAAAUACAUGA